AUGGCUGAGUCUCCCACAUCUGAGCAGCUGGAAUCUGUACCUGACACCACAGUGGAGACGAGUACAAAUUGGAGCUUAGAUCUUCUGACCGAGAUAGCUGAAGAAUUUGUCUCAGUCAAGUGGACGGAGAUCCUCUCUCUGGUCAUUGCCCUGUUCGGGCUGGUGGGGAACAGCAUCGUCCUGUGGCUGCUGGGCUUCCGCACCCAGAGGAGCCCCUUCUUGGUCUACAUCCUCAACCUGGCCGCGGCCGACGCCCUCUUCCUUGGUAGCCACUUUGUGUUGUGCCUGUGGGAUAUUGUUGGAGAUUUAGACUUUCUCAUCCUGGACCUGCUAGAGCUCUGCAUCCUAAACCUGUCCUACUGUGUGGGCCUGAGCAUGCUGGCUGCGAUCAGCACCGAGCGCUGCCUGUCUGUGCUCUUCCCCACCUGGUACAGAUGUCACCGGCCCAAGCACACGUCUGCGGCUGUGUGCGCCUUCCUAUGGGCUCUGCAGGGCCUGAUCAGGGGAGCAUUUGUGGCGCUUUAUUUCCUUAACAAGAACCACUUGGACAAUCUCUACCUCGUUCUCUCCUUCGUCCAGUCCGGCUGGUUCCUCCUCCUCACCUGUGUGCUGGGCGUGUCCAGCCUGACGUUGGUGCUGAGGGUCCAGUGCAGCUCCCAGCGCAGGCGCCCACCCAGGCUCUACGUCCUGGUGCUGCUCUCAGUCCUCCUGUUCCUUCUCUGCGGCCUGCCCUGGGGUUUUUUUUAUGUAGUUUGGAUUUUUAGUCGCUUCCCUUUAAUGUCUCAUGGGCUCUCCAGGCUCCUGGCCUGUGUGAACAGCAGCGCAAACCCUUUCAUUUACUUCUUCCUGGGCAGGCAAUGGCGUAGAAGAGGGAGGGAGCCGCUCAGGGUGGUCCUGCAGAGGGCCCUGGGGGAGGAGCCUGUGGCCGGGGAUGGGGCGAGGGACACUUCCCACUCUAACACUCUGGAUGAAUUAUCCUGA